AUGAGCAUCAGAAGCCCGCCAUGUACCACGUCCGUCGUCGUCGUCAUCUUCGUCGUCGGUCUUGUCUCUAGCUUCCUUCCGUUGGCGGUCGACGGUUGCCUAUCCGGAGGCCGGCUCAUACGCCGUAUGCCAAAAAGGGAGCCACCUUUGGUCUACAAGCAACACAUACCCAAUGUGCAGGAGGUGUCCCUGAUGGCUUCAGGCCCAAGAGAGGCGCGUAUCCGCCGUAUCGACAAACGUUUCAAGGAGCUGGUCAUGAACCUCAAUCCUGAUAUUGUCUUCAGAGACAAACAAGGGACCGGUGAGGAUCGUAUCAUGUCUCGAGUAAGUAGUUAUCGAUUCAAUCGUAUGUUCGUGAUGCUUGUAAACCAAAGGAUUUGCACCCGUUGA